UCUUGGAGAAUACAAAUAGAUAGUGUAGAGUUGUGAGAAUUGUACAAAUCUUAUCAAUUUUUUCUGCCUCAUAUAAUUAACUCCAACUAACAACUACUGUCUACAACUAAACAGAAAAAAAACACAUCUCAACAAAAUUAUAAUCAUGGAGCAAAAAAUUCUAAGGCAAGUGCAUCAUAUAGCCAAAAAUAUACUCUUUUUUGCUCCGUUUUUCCUCUGUUUAGAAGCAAUUUCAAGUGUUGAAGCUUACAAAAAUUACACAGUUGGAGAUUCUUUAGGCUGGUAUGAUAAACUUGGAAAACCUGAUGUUGAUUAUGAAAAAUGGGUUUCUACCAAAUCUUUCUCUUUGGGUGAUUUCCUCAUUUUCAACACAGAUAGCAAUCAUACUGUAAUCCAAACUUUCAACUCCUCCACAUACGAGUCUUGUGACUCUCAAGGAGAUGACAAUGUACAAUGGUCAAGCAUAGACCCAAACUCUACUGUUAUACGCCCUAUAACAGUAGCAGUACCCCUUAUGAAAGAAGGUGUUUCAUAUUUUUUCUCAGGAGACUAUGAUGGUGAACAAUGUAUGAAUGGCCAAAAGUUUUCUAUCAAUGUGACUCAUGGUAAAGGGUUGCCCCCAAGUCUUAGGGACAACCCUGACUUCGCCGUUGGACCGCCGUCGCGAGAAGAUGCCGCCCCAGGGCCUGUCAAUCCUGACUCAGGAGAUGAUCAGUCAGCUCCAGAUACUGUUAUAUCUUCUGAUUUUAGCCACCCUAAGAAUGUACCUUCUGAGGAUAGUACUAGUGGUGAUGAUGAGGAAGAUGAUACUAAAAAGUCCAACAAUGUAGUUGGUUUAAUGCCUAAUUGGGUGAUAUUCUUUGUUAGUUUGGGUUGUGGGAUUUUUGCUUUUCUUUGGUGAUUUGUUACUUCAUUCUUUUCAUGUCUUAGCUUAGUGUAUGUUAGAGCCAUAAUUUAAUUUUUUACCUUAUAUUUUGCUUUACUUGUUAUAUACAAGUAUGUACAAUUUCAUGUUUGCUAUAUGCAUAUAGUUCUAUACUUCUAUACUGAUAUAGGCUCAUGAUUCAUGUAAUAUAGUAGUGUACUGUACUCUGUACUACUAUUUCUUUUGUUUUGGCUUGAUUUAGUAAUUUACUUUAUGAUUUUCGAGGAA